AGUAGGAAUAUCCAAAAAUCCCGAUCCCGAUCCCGAUUUAAUUGGAAUGUGCAUGGUUGAGCGUUUUGUCAACUUUAGACCAUGAUUCUGAAAACCUUGUUUGGGAUUGCAUUAGCUUUGUCUCUUACAUAUAUCUUUAAACUGGUUUUGUUUCUUGACUACCAUAAAACUGUAUGGAACCAUCGACCAGGAAAAUGUCACAUUGUGGAAGGAAUAGAUCAUGGAUCUGAAGACAUGCAAACCACCAAGUCUGGAUUAACUUUCAUCACCUCUGGUAUAGAUGGUCCUUUAUUCUCCCCUGCCAUGAAGGAGUAUCACAAAAAAGACAAUGCUAGAGGCAGAAUCAUGCUAUUUAACUUGGAAAAGCCUGCAGAUGGAGUUCGAGAGCUGAUGAUAGUUGGAAAUCAGUUCAGCUAUGAAGAUUUUGCUCCCCAUGGUAUCAGUGUACUAGAAGAAAAAGGCAAGGUAUUCCUGUUUGUUGUGGUGCAUAGAGCAGAGGAGGACACUGUUGAAAAGUUUGAGUUUCUGGAGAAGACCCUGGAACUGAAGCAUCUAAAAACCUACAAAGGAACCCUUGUUCAUUUACUGAACGAUGUUGCAGCGACAGGUCCUGAAACCUUUUACACGACAGACUACGGAUACUAUCGUAACCAUUUCCUUCACUUUUUAGAGCAAAUUAUUGGGCUCUCCUACGGACAUGUAUUGUACUAUGAUGGCAGAGAUUUCAUCCGAGUCUCAGAGCCAACAUAUAUGGCUAAUGGGAUUACUCUCUCAAAAGAUGGAAGACAUGUUUAUGUUGUUUCCAGUGCAGGUAAAAAAUUUAUUGUGUACAAACGAGAGGCUAACAACAGACUCACAAAAAUAAAUGAAGUUGAGCUUGACACAUUCCCAGACAACCCAACGAUAGAUCCUGUAACAGGAGAUGUGCUGUUAGGCUGCCAUCCUAUCGGGUUUAAAAUUUCAAAACAUCUGAAUGACCCUAGUACUGAAAUUGCUGCUUCACAGGUACUAAUGCUACACAUGGACAAGAGUGGUACUAAUGUGACUGGGGUCACGGAGCUACUGUCAGACGACCUUGAACUUUAUGGUUCCACUACAGCGACUCUCUACAAGAAGCGAAUGUUGGUGGGAACAGUCUGUCAUAAAAUGAUGUACUGUGAAGUGAACACUUUGUAAAAAUGUUUCCUGCAUGCAUGUUUCAAUCUUAACUUGAUUCUAUUAUUAGGAAUUUUUAUGAUGUUGAUGGAUGGAUGUAAUUAUGUUCAUAUUGAAUGAUAUUGGUCUGGAAUGAUUUCAUUGUAAAUUAAACUUAAUAGAGGCAAGCAUGACCCAAACCUUUUGCUGUGAUAGUUUAUAAAUAUCUCUUCAUUUUAAGCAUUAAUGUGCAUAUAUGUACUCGCAAGUGUAAUGAUGUAAUAUACUGUUAUAAUGUUUUCUUUCCAAUGACAUGCGCCUUUUGUACCAGUAUAUUUACAUGACAGCUAUACAACAGCAACGACAUUUCUACCAUGAACUUUUUAUAUUGUAAAAGUAUGCAACUAUUGAAAUCUAUAAUUUUUGAGAAUGCUAGCCUGUACUUAUUGUAUAAAUUUUUAUAUUCUUAUAUCAACUACAUGUUUAUGUGUAUCUUUGUAGUGCCAUAUUAUUCAUUGAUUUUUUUGAUUAUAUACAAUGUAUUGUCAAUAAAAUCCUUUUUAAAAAGUUCA